UAUUAUCACCCCGGUGCCAAACAGCAAUUGACCUUCGUCUGCUUCACUUCGAGACUCCGCGAACACUCGCCAAACUGAAAUAAAAAUCAGAGUUGCAAACACUUGAAAACCCAAGGGUCAAAGAACGUCACUAUUUCUACAGUGGUUUAAAUGUAGUCACAGCGACGCAUGCACGUAUCAGAGUCACGAGCUUUCAGCGUCAAUGAGACCCAACGAUUUUUAUUGAACCACUAAAGCCGAUGGUUGAUUUUAUGGUUGAGACUUUCGUUGUGUCGUAGCCAAAAUGGAGGGCUCCUCGGCGUCAUUUACCUUUCUUCUGCUUGUCUGCGUUUUUGGAGAUGUCACUAAUGUAGUAUCAGCGGACACGCCCCCUCCCGCUGGUGACUGGACAGUGUAUGACAACCAAGAAAACAUCUGCAUGCUGUUGUCGUUCUCAGGGCAGAUUGACGUACACGAGAAAACUGGAUUUGAGAAAAAGGUUAUUGACAUCAUUCCUUCGUUCGUAGCAUCAAGCUCAUGCAACUCCCCAUAUCGUGUUGCCAAAUUUGCCACAGCCGGUGGAUCACAGUUUCCUCAGAUUCAGCUGACAUUUUACAUGGACCCAUAUAAGCAGGUGUACACCAUGACGUCAGUGUUUGCCGAAUGGUUUGACUACACCCAAAACAUCCCGUAUUCGGAUCAGAAGACUUCCACGAAUUUCUUGAGCAGCGCCGUUGCGAGUGGCCAAUCCUAUUACUGUCCCGAUAAGUUGACGAUAGACCUACCGGAUGGAGACGGGACUGUCUACUUUUGGAACAUGCACCUGCAACCUUUCGCGGAGUACUCGGCUGCGGUCUACGGCCCAGAGCAAUCCUGUGGUUCCAACGUCUGGAUCAUCGUGGUCUGUUCUCUGAUUGGUGUUGGCGUCUUCUUUGUCUUCCUGGUCAUGGGCGUCUGUCUGCUAAGACGCAAGAGAAGGAACGCCGCCUAUGCCCACUUACAUGUCCAAGGAGCCGGGGGAGAAUACCCACAGUAUGAUAGCUUUGCCCAACCCUCCACCUCCGGUAGUUAGGCUCCAUUUCAUGCCUGUAAAGUGUACAAAAAAUCUUAUAAAAGGUUCCCUGCGAUGCAAUUUUUGUAAUACAAUCCUUGGAAAUGCACCUUUGUGUCCUAUUUAACUCUAUUUUCAAUUUUCGUUUUGCUGCGGUAUUUUCAAGGGGAAUU